GAUGCCCAGCAUUAAGCUUCAGAGCAGUGAUGGCGACACCUUCGAGGUGGACGUAGAAAUUGCUAAACAAAGUGUCACCAUAAAAACAAUGUUGGAAGACUUGGGGAUGGACGAGGAUGAAGAGGAAGUGGUGCCUCUCCCAAACGUCAAUGCAGCUAUUCUGAAGAAGGUAAUUCAGUGGUGCACCUACCACAAAGAUGACCCACCUCUUCCUGAUGAUGAUGAUAAUAAGGAAAAACGCACAGAUGAUAUCUCCUCUUGGGAUGCAGAUUUUUUGAAGGUAUGGAUAAUUUUGUAAGCAGUCCUAUAAACC